AUGUCGCAAGGGCCACCGCAAAUCCUACGAAUAAAGAGAAAACGAGGUGAGGAUCCUCUUCAGGCAUUGAUUCUUGAGGGCCGUCAAUCGGUGAAAAGAUCAAAGCUGACCACCCCUCUUGGGUCUGGGGUCUCAUCACCUUCAAAUGAGUCUCAAAGCUGGUACUUUCAUUUAGACAAAACUGAGGAUAUUUCGCAAAAUUCGACUGUAACGCAAUCACUUCUUACUGAGUCACGAAGGAGUGAUGAGAAUUCGAAGCAUUUUGUGAUACCCAAGAAGCAUGUUCUUGAAGAUUCCAUGAUUCCGCAUGAGCUCACUGACAUGCUUGAGAACUUCUUGAGUUUAAACACUCCAACUUCAAGAAAGAAACGAAAAGGGGGACAGCUGGUUUCAUCUGGGCCAUAUUCUGGACCAAAGCAAAAUGAGGUUUCAGAGCAAGAUAUGAGUGAGAACGAAAGGAUGGACUACGUUUUCGACACCUACAAACUUUCUGAAGUCGAGCCAUUGACUGAAGCAAAUUAUCCCAAGUCGCAGAUCGGCUACAUUCGUUUUUUUGAGGAUGAAGAGUAUGAAUUGAUGCAAUCAGACGAUGACGUCGAUCUUGGAUUGUCUGAUGAUGAGGAUUCAAAUGCAGAGUCUUUCUAUCAGAAUGAUUAUCCGGAGGAUGAGGAUGCUGGAGCUUUUAGUGACAGCUAUGCAUAUGCUGAGACUGACGAAGAACCCGAAUCAGAAUUGACUUCACCCCAGAAGGGUGAAGCAGACGCCUCAACGGAAGCUGAUGAGUUUGAUAAUCUUUACAAUGACCUUUUAGGGCGAACAACAGACCUAGUUGAUGAUGAGCCUUAUGAAAGACAACAUUUUUUCCAAGAUGAGAGUGAUGAUGAGUUAGCGAAACAUAGAGACCGAGUUUUUUCCCGUUUGCAAACAAUGAUUGAUGAAAGUUGA